ACGGUGGCCGGCCGGGCCCUACCCCGCCGGAGCCGAAUCAGCAAGGACUCCCACCACCACCUGGGCUGUCCGGCGAACGGGAGCGCGCGACGUCGCCGCCCGGCCUCCACUCCACAGUCUCCACUCCAGCGGCCCAUCUACGUCUACCGCCACCGCCGCGUCGUGUUCGUGCGCCUCCCUUUCCGCGUCCAUCCCUGCCCUGCCCCAGAGCCUGCGAUAAUAUCUUCCCCGCCGCCGCCUCUACCGGCACGCAGGCAGCUUCCCCUCCUCACCUCCCGACCGCCCGCGUGCCCGACGCUGACAGCAUCGCCAUCGUCGGGGUCCGGCCGACAAAGCCGCGCCGCUGGCCUCCCCUCCCCCUCUGGGCCUCUUCUGCCCCUGCACCGAGCUAGCUAGCUACCCACUCGCCCAAAUCGCCUCCUCCCUUCCGCCGCCGCCGCAGCGCAGCAGGGGAAGCCGGUGCGUGGCCGUGGCAGCGGCGCCGCCGGCGGCCGGGUCGAUAGAUGAAGGUGCUCUGCUCCGCGUGCGAGGCGGCCGAGGCGCGCGUGCUCUGCUGCGCCGACGAGGCCGCCCUCUGCGCGCGCUGCGACCGCGACGUGCACUCCGCCAACCGCCUCGCCGGCAAGCACCACCGCCUGCCGCUCCAGCCGCCCGCCGCCGCCUCCGCGCCCGGCUGCGACAUAUGCCAGGAGUCCCACGCCUACUUCUUCUGCGUCGAGGACCGCGCGCUGCUCUGCCGGAGCUGCGACGUCGCCGUGCACUCGGCCAACGCCUUCGUCUCCGGCCACCGAAGGUUCCUCCUCACCGGCGUCCAGGUCGGCCUGCAGCCCGACGCCCAGGAGCCGCCGCCGGAUCCCCCGAACGCCGCCGCCGCAGCACCAGCUCCCCUGCCAACACCGCCGCCGGCCAAGAAGGCGCGCAGCAGCCCGGCGCCGCUCUACAGCGACGACGACAUCGACUGGGGGGCCGGAGGCCCGGACGUAGGCAUCGCCGGGAGCCUGCCGGACUGGUCGGUCGUGGAUGAGCAGUUCGGCGCUCCGGUGCCGACACCCGCGGAGCCGGUGGUGAGCAGAACCCCCUCGAAGCGGAGCCCCCGGCGGACGCUCGCGGCGGCGUUCACCGUCCAGGGCGGCUUUGCAGGGGGCAUGCCGGACUGGGCGCUGGACGAGUUCUUCGGCUUCUCCGAGUUCAACGCCGGCCUCGGCUUCACCGAGAAUGUGCCGUCCAAGGCUGACAGCGGGAAGCUCGGGAGCACGGACGGGUCGCCGACCGGCCGGUCGUCGUCCGGCUCGGCGCAGGAUUUCUUCGGGCAGGUGCCGGAGUUCCACCAGUGGUCCGUGCCGGAGCUCCCCUCCCCGCCCACGGCCUCGGGCCUCCACUGGCAGGGCGGCCCGCGCCACGGCGCCACCGCCGCCGACAUCGCCGCUGUGUCCGUGCCGGACAUCUCCUCCCCGAAGAACCCCUUCCGUUGCUUCGCCGCCGGCGCCGGCCAGACGCAGCCUCCUCCCCCGAAGCGCCGGAGAUGAUGUGGCUCCUUGGGUACUGGAGUUGUGGUGUAGUAGGCUUGCAAGAAACAGAAACUUGCUGGGUUGUAGUACGUACUUGCACCUGGGUUGAAAACGGACGGAAAUAUAUUUUCUAUUUUUGUCCGUCUGUUUUCGUAUUUGUGGAAUUCUAUUUUCGUAUUUACGAAAGUAGAAAUGAGGUUUCUCCAUCUGUUGCCGAGAAAUCCCGUUUUUAUAUGGAAUUGAUCCGUAUUUAUUCUGUUUUUCAUUCCGUUUUUAAUCUACAGAAGAUAUGUCUAAAAAUUGAUAUGUUAAAAAACAUAUCAAUCACUAAGUAUGCAUGUUAACAUGUUAACACAUGGCAUACUAGUGAAUAUUGGACUAAUAAUUUCGUAUGUGUAUAUUAUUUUGUGACUU